AUGAAAUUAACUACAUAGUUGAAUGAGCAAAAUUAAAAAAUCAUUAACUUAAUCAAAACGAUUGAUGAUUCUCGGAAACAAUAGUAAUAAAAGUUUAAUGAACAUUAUUUCUAACUUUAGGGCUCCAAUUUUAAAUAAUACAACCAAGAAAUUCUAAAUGAAAUAUAUGAAUUAAAACAGCAAUUUACAAAUUUUUAGAAAAAAUAAACAUAUACAAACUCUAAUUUAAAAAAUUACAAUAAAUCUCAUCUACCUCCUUUGUAAUCAUUAUAAUUUGAAUAACCUAAUUACGAAAAAUCUGAAUAAAAUAGUAAAAAUUAACACCAUGAUUAAAAAAAUAGAAUAAAGAAAAGCUAGUCUAUUUAUGAGUCAGAAAGUUAAGAUUAAAAUAUACAACUAAAACCAAGGAAAAAAUCGCUUAGUACUUAGAAAUCAUCUAAAUAUAAAAACUCUAAACAGCCUAUUAUUAAAACUGAAGCAUCUCCUCCAUUAUCUUCAGAAAGAAUAGCAUCAAAUUCUCAACAGUUAAUUUCUAGAUAAACAAAAAAUAAAUAAUAACUUAGAAAAUUUCGUAAUCAUAAUUAAAUUUAAGAUCUUGAUAACAUUUAUAAAGUAUAACCUUAAAAAUACAACUUAACUAAUAAUAUACAUGAGCUAAAUAAAAGAAAUCUAUUGAGAAAAUUUAGAGCUGUGUCUAGAAGCAUUUGGUUGUCUUUAACAUUUUUAAAAUACUGUAAAAGAAUCUGGCAUUAAAAAUAUAUGAUAUUUAAAGAUUGGUCACAAGAGUUAAUUGGUUAAUAUGAUCAAUAGUUUGUAAUUUUUCUCUUAUUUAAUUAGAGAAUUAUUAAUUGAUAAUGGAUAAAUUUUAUAAAGAAUGCUUAAUUAAAAAAUUAGUUGACAAAUCUUGGGUUUUCAAGUCACAAUCUGAUAUCCAGAUUAAAUGUCAUAAUAUUUUAAUAGUUUUGGAAAUCUUUUUUAAAAAUCUAAUUGUUCAAUCCUUAGAUUUUUCAAAAGAACAUAUCUAAUUUAUUUAACAAUUUUCCUUAAAAAAAGGUUAUUUGUUGGCUGGACAUAGUAGAUUUGUUAUAAAUAGGAUAAAAAUCAGACCAAAUAAUACUUUAAAGUAAAAAUUGAAUAUGAUAUUAAUAGCAUCUUAAAUCAUAAAUAAACAUAAAUGAUAAUUAUGGAAUAUUCGUAUAUUUAAUUACUUCUUCCAUUAAUUGUAGGAGGAGAAUUUUGGAUGAGGAUGCCAAAUUAUAAAGAAGCUUUGAAAAUAUUUGUAUCAAUUCUUCAUUAUCUAUUUAUUGAGACAUUUUAUAAUCUUCCAUUAAUUGAAUAAGAAAUAGUUUAAAAUGUAUGUUUUUUUAUAGUUAAAAAAGAAGGAUUGGGUUCCUUUGUUUGAUUUUAGUAGAAAUCCGAUAGAUGGAUUUUAUUAAUUAAUAAAUUAUAAACAUCCUAAAUAUAUUGAGAAUAAAGAUGCAGUUGUUUUAGGAUUAUAUAGCAAAGUUGAAUUGCAUCCUAUAAUUCUUCAUAAUGGGUAUAAAAAUGUUUAAGACAGCUUUAAAUAAUAUUGUAAUAUAAUUUAUUCUUUAAUAAUCUGA